UUCAAGACUAUAAUAUCAAGAUUUCUCUCCCACAUCAACGUUAACCGAUGGGCAUCUAAAGCGAAAGAGGGAAUCCAGCAUUCCAUCGUCUUCGCCAAGUUCCUCUGCAUAUUGCACGUCGCCGACCGUUACCUCUGCUCUCCUCUUAUGGUUUACGGUCCGAGCAUGCUUCCGACCUUGAAUUUGACCGGCGACGUGCUGCUGGUGGAACGCGUGUCACCGCUGCUGGGGAAGGUGGGUCCCGGUGACGUCGUCCUGGUUCGAUCCGUUGAUAACCCUAGAAAGCUUAUCACCAAGCGUAUCAUGGGAAUGGAGGGCGAUUUCGCAAAGAACAGUUUUGACCCUUGGUCACCCUCACAAAUCCAAUCCUGUUUUGCUUAUUGUAUCUUCAUCAUUCUUGAGGCUUUGCUCUUAAUAAUCAGAUGCUGGAUCCUUUUCUACUUCCCCCUGUAUGGGUUUCCAUACCAACUUCCUUCUUACUUCAUGAGUAGGGCGGUCUCGUUUGAUUGGUUUACCCACCAAGCUUCCAAUCUUGCUUCCAAUCUUCCUGAACCCGGACUUAGUGAUCGCUCUGUCACUGUAAAGGUGCCAAAAGGACAUGUUUGGCUUCAAGGAGAUAAUAUAUAUGCAUCUAAGGAUUCAAGGCAACUUGGGCCAUUCCCAUAUGGUCUCAUUAUGGGAAAAGUCUUCUAUAGAGUAUGGCCCCCCGAAGGGUUUGGUUCUUUGGGACGACAAGAACUAUAAGUGAACUAUCCCCAAUGAGGGACUGAGAGAUCCUAAAACACAACAAAAAAAAAUGAAAGAAGAUUGAGAAGUGGGAGGGAGAAUAGUAUUGGAAGAGAGGGAUGGUAAUAGUGCAAUCCCUCACCGUCUUAGAUGAUGAGCCUCAUUCUAUGUUGUUGUUUAGAUUCAAUUUUGAGAUAUUGAGAUAAAAAGCAAGUGAGAUAUUGAGAUUAAAUUUAAUAAUAAUAAUUCAAAAAUGAAAUACAAAAGUUGGGGAAUACGAUACAUGUUCAUCGUGAAAUAUGAUCUCCAUGGAAUCCCCGCCUUUAGCCCACUUCGGAACAAAGUAAACGCGCACAACCCUUAACAUGAGAAUCCAAGCUUUUUUAGUGUUGUUUAGAGACGUAAUUGGAGCAAACAUGGUUCGCACUCAUAAUAUUCUGGAUUGUAAUAGAUUUAUUUUACUUGCUGGCACUCAUGUGUACAUUAUGCAAAGCUUGUUGAUCUAUAUAUAUAUACGGAGUGUAUGUGUAAUGGUGCAAGUGGAUUGUAAUAGAUUACUAGUAUUCCU